GGUACGUGCCACCCAUAGCCAGUUAGUCAGUCGUAACUCAAACAGUGACGAGAGAGCAUAGUGUGCGCACCACUGAAGCUGACACCCAAUGGAUCUUACUAAUAGCUGGGUGGUUUUCCUUGUUGGUUGUUGCACCUUUAUUCCACAACCUCUGCACUGCCGACAGCAGAGCCAAGGGCCUCCCUUCAUCAAGGGAGUUCCUGUCACAGUGAGAGACAGAGAAAAUGCCACUGUGACGCUCCCAUGCAUAGUAGAGAACUUAGGUGCAUCAACCCUGCAAUGGCUCAAGGGGGAGGAGCUAUUAGUUGAACGAACAGCUAUUGAUAACGACCUUGUGAUCUCAAUGAGCGACCCAAGGAUAUCAGUUUGGCCAGACAACACGCUGCAGAUUAGAAACCUGAGGGCCUCGGACGACGGAGACUACAUUUGCAAGGUCGCCAGAACACCACCUUUGAAAUCGACCCAGAGGACAAAUUCAAUUUUGGUUCUGUUUCCACCAAGUGUUCGCCUGGAACCAGACAUCGAGGAAUUCGAGGUGGAGUUGAAUGGAAAUGUAAAUAUCGAAUGUAUUGCACAAGGAGUGCCAAAGCCCAUCGUGACCUGGACUGAAUAUGGCGGUGUAGCAUUCACUCCCGAUGAAAUGAAAAUUCUAGGGAGCGUGCCAAAAAUUGAUUUCAGAGCCACGUCUAGGCACGCUGCUGGGAGAUUUACUUGUCAGGCAAACAAUGGAGUCGGGGAACCGGUUAGCACGUCAACGCAACUAAAAAUAUUAUAUCCACCCGAGGUGACCAUGGAAAGGGAGUGGGUGCACACGGGCCACGGCGCCAAAAGUGAACUAACUUGUAUUGUCGAGGCUGAGCCAGAAGCCAAGGUGACGUGGAUUAAGCCAGACAACACCACUUUUCCACCCUACAGCAGCCACAGAGUAACUUCAACAGUUUUGGGAGCGAGAAAUACACUUGUCAUCCGAGGUGUGAGGGACAGUGAUAUGGGGGUCUACAAAUGUUCUGCCGAAAACACAAUGGGGAAAGGUUUUGCUGAGGUGGAGCUUACUGGAAACUGCAACCCAGUCAAAAUCAAGGAGAGGCUAAGCAUUGCAACCGAUUUGUCCUACAACUUGAAAUGGGAAGUGGAUUGCUACUCCCAAGUGUAUGACUACGUUUUGAAAUUCAAAGUGACGACAGAAAACGAGUGGUACAACCUAACAAUACCGUCCACCAGCUCGCACACAUACACCGCCCUUUAUUCCCAAGAGUACACGCUAAGUGGCUUGGAACCAUCCACGGAGUAUCAAGUUCAAGUUCAAGCGAGAAAUAAAUACGGACUAGGCAGACCGUCCAAAACGUUUUCAUUUACAACUCUUGGCUAUGGACAAGCUCCAACUGAUAUUCCUCAAGAGGAAGGUGGAGAGGAAGAAGAAGAAGAAGCGGAGGAAGUGCAAGUGGAGCAAGUUAUAGAGGAAAGGGUUGAGAUUAAAAAGGCUGUCACGGUCUAUACUGUAGUGUCAGGUGCGGACAGACUGAAUUUUGGAAUGUUGGUAUUAGCUGUCUCAAAUUUGCUCUAUGUUUUGUUAUGAUAAACUGUACAAAAUGUAAACUGAAUAAAUGUGAAAUGAAUUAUUAACCUUUUAAAUUACA